AAGAAAAAAGGAAAGAAACACAACACACAAGAAGUGGGUCCUCGUUUUGUAAGAAGCCCCUUCCUUAUUAGUAGUAGUGGCCAUAGUCAAGGUCACACCACACACACACGCAUAAAAAAAAGACGUUCCUUUUUCUCUUUCGUCUCCAUUGGUACUUACUUACUAGUCAGACAUUAACGUGCCUUAGUGAAACCACCACCACCCCCCCCCCUCUCUCCUCUCUCUCUCAUUACGAACCCAGAAAAACAAAACUCUUGCUUCCAAAGCUUUUCCCACUUUCUUCUUAUUCCCCUCCAACUCAUAAUUGCUUAUAAGAAGCAUAAAUUUUGUUUCUUUUUUCUCUGUUUCCUCUUUAAGGGGUAAUUUUGGAGAUACAUAAGAAAGAAGAUCCGCAACAAUCCAGAAUUGGCGGAGGAGAUUGCUUUGGUACCCAUUUGAGAUUACUCUUCGAUCCAAUAACUUCUUCUCCCAUCCAGAUAUUUGGAAGUGUUCUAGGGUGUACCUCGAAUUCGUAUAAUAGAAUGGGAAAUUAAAAUUUUCUCGGCUUUUGUUUUAAGUGGGCGAGCUAACAAUGGGGAGUAUUGCUCCUGAUUCUCAGAAGGAUGAUUCUGAGCUUGAAGAUUCACUGGACAUUGAUGAGAAUCCGCCUGGGGAAUAUGGUUUAUGGAAGUCAGGAACAUUGCUGAGCCAGAAAAGGCAGCAAUGUAGUGUAGUUGCAAACAGUGGAAAGUGGUUACAGAUUGUUAAAAACGGUCCCAAGGGGUCGUUUACUCGUGCGACUAGUUUCUUUGAUAACAAGAUCCCAAGGCAUCUGGUGUCAUUAGACGAGAAGUAUCUCCGACGAUGCCUCGAGCUGAUUAAUAUCAGUGCGUUUAAGUCAGCCAGUUGCAGCCUUUCUUUGAAUCUUGUAGGUUCAAAGAUGAGUAUUUCUUCACGUCACUUCGAUUCACCUGUGAUCCCCAAAGAAAAUGUUGCUCGCCUUGUGUUUGAUCUUCCCUUGGUUGAUGAUUCGGGCAGUCCAGUCAUUAGCCGCGCAAUUAUAGGUUGCAAGAGGGUUACACAUAUGCUUAAUAAGCCUUUGUUACAAGAUCUUGAAGCAUUCGAUGGUGAUGAUAUGAAUAGCAGGGCAAGUCGAGAUGAUUAUGGUGAAAACGAGUUGGUUUCAUGUGAUGUUGUGAGGAAGAUAGAGGAAAAAGACAUCCUGGAUUCGCAAUUUCAGAGAUAUAAACCUGGAAACAUGCCUAGAAAGACGGUCUCUUUGUCUAGCACAAACUCAAUGACUUCUUCUUCUUCUGAGCAAUCUUCUUCAUGGUUGUCUCCGUCUUCCACAGUUUCUCAAGGAGCACUUCAGUUCACUAUGAAAGACAACAAGACACCUCACUUUGUUUUCUCAUUGGAUGAUCAGAAAGAGAUCUAUGUAGCUAGCUUAAGCACUAGUCAUGUUGGGUCAGGGUUCGACCGUAGUUCGCUAGACUAUUCAUAUUUGAUCCAUUUGAAGAAAGGCCGCGGAUCUGAACAGCAACAUUUGGUUGGUAAACUGACUGUAUCCACUUUGAUUUCUGUCUCGUCCACGAAUGAAAAAACAGUAGAGAGACAGUUUGUUCUUUUCAGCAGUGGUGGGAAUCCGCAGUUACUGUGCCCCAAUGAUAUCAGGAAAAAUAGAGGAUUGCCUAAGAAAGUCGUUGAUGCGAUCAAAAACACCGCACGCACUUCAAGGCAAAGAAGUAUCUCUCGAUUCAGUAGAACAAGCUCCAUCCCGGAUUUUUGUUCGUGGGAGCCAUUUCAAGAACCAGACCACGAUCUUGAACCUGUAAGUUUGCUAGAUAAUGACCUUCCACCAAAUCUUGAAACCUCAGCUAUUGUUGUGAGAGAACAGUUUCCCUUGGAGGAAGAAGAAGAAGAAGUCGAAAAAGUUGGAGGCUGGGGCAUGAAGUUUCUCAAGAAAACUCCCUUAGCUCGAACCAAGGAAGCUUCUAAUCAUUCUAAGCAUUCGACAAGCAUAGAUGUUGUCAUUCCUUCAGGAAUUCACGGAGGGCCGAGAAAUAGAAACGGUGGUCCGUCGAGCUUGAUUCAGAGAUGGAAUUCUGGUGGAGGCUGUGAUUGCUCUGGAUGGGACUUGGGUUGCCCCUUAACUGUCCUUAAAGGCCAAACACGAAAAGACCAAAAUGAAGGCCAGUGCACUCUUUUUGAGCUCUUCACAGAGGGACUGAUGCAGGGAAGCCCUGGACUAAGGAUCAUGAAUGUUCGUGAUGGUCUCUACUUCGUCCAAUCUCAAGCAAAGAUAUCUGUUUUGCAAUCUUUUUCCAUUGCUUUAGCAUACAUUCAUAGCCAAAGCCAGAGACUCCGGCCAUGGUGGUCAAAGAAGUGUACAGACGCUUAACUAGCAAAAGAACGGAUUGCACAAAGUAAGAUAGGUAAAACUCAGCCUUCAUAGUUUUAGUGGGUUCUUGAGUUAAUAAUACCUACAAAUUAGUAGUUAUUCAAUCAUUAUUUUUGUGUUCAUUUUUGGCUUUUUGUUUAAAUCUAUUUUUUUUAUAGAAAGUUAUAUCAAUGUCUCUUUACUCGAAUCAUAUGUGUGUGAGCUUUGGUAUUGAUUUCAAAAGGUGUGUGAAAUGUAAAUUCUGACUUCUGGUUUUGACAAUUCUGGUUUUGUAUAGAGUUUCUUCUACAAA